GGGGAUUGUAGUGAAUCAACAGUGCAACAGCUGAGCCUCGAUUUCUAGCUUCAAUGGACGACUGGAGCAACAAAAUUAAAAAUUGGAACUGCUCUGAAGACAUGGCUUCCCCCAGUAGCUUUCUUUCUGAAGAGCAGCUCAUGUGUGCCAUUUGUCUGGGUGUAUUCACUGACCCCGUAACUACGUCCUGUGGACACAACUUCUGUAUGACCUGCAUCAGAAGACAUAGAGACAGCAGUCCAUAUGCAAAGUGCCCACUCUGCUUGGAGCCAUUGGACAAAAAACCUGAUUUUAAAAUCAACACAACAAUAAAAGAAAUCACAGAGGGCAUCAAAAGGAAAAUGAUCCAGAAGAAGCCUGAGGUGACCUGUGAUAGUUGCCCAAAGAAGAUGCGAUUCGCUGUUAAGUCGUGCUUACACUGUGGAACUUCUUUCUGUGAGACUCACUUGGAGCCUCAUAAAACUGCCGAAAAACUCAUGAAACACAAACUGAUUAACCCUGUGGAGAAUAUUGAUGACUACAUUUGCAAGAAACAUGAAAGACCUCUGGAGCUGUACUGUAGAGAUGAUCAGACAGCUGUCUGUCAGUUCUGUACGGAAAGUGACCACAAGACCCAUAACACUGUUACUUUGGAGGAGGAGAGCUUGAGAUUGCUAAAGAAUGAGAAGACUGGGGUAUAUCUGAAAAUUCAGGACAGUGUUACCCAAACCAAAGAGAAGGAGACUGAAGAGAACACCAAGUUUUUCAAGGAAAUGUUGGAGAGGAGCCUUGCAGAGCUACUUGAGCUGAUGGAAGAGAAGCAUAAAGAAACAGAGAGGCGGGCUGAGGAGCUCAUCAAAGAGCUAGAUCAAGAGAUCGUGGAGCUAACGAGAAGAAAGACUGAGCUGGAACAACUCCCAUUACCUAUGGAUUAUACACAGAUACUUAGCCUCCAGCACAAGCCCUUAUGCACCAGUUACUCAACUAACAUGAGCAUCAGCUGUCAUGACCAUGGAAGUAUUCUGAGGAAGACCUUAUCACGGCUUCAGACCAUCCUAGAUAAGAAAAUGAGAGAAACUGUUUCCAGAGAGCUGCGGAGUAUACAACAUUUUGCAGUGGAUGUGACAUUUGACCCUGACACAGCUUAUCCUGAACUCAUGUUGUCUGACGAUAUGAAACGGGUUUGGAAUGAAGGCACUCCACAGAAGCUUCCUGAAAACCCUAAAAGGUUUGAUGUUUGCUCAUGUAUCUUAGGAAAGGAAGGGUUCUCCCAGAAAUUCUACUAUGAGGUUCAAGUCAGUGGGAAGAUGGAGUGGGAUUUAGGUGUUGCAACAGAAUCCAUAAACAGGAAAGGCGAUAUCGAGCUCAACCCUGACAAUGGAUAUUGGACUAUAUGGCUGAGGAACACGGAGGAGUAUGCAGCAAAUGAUGACACCCCUGUACCUCUCAACUUGAAAGAGAAGCCAGUGAAAGUAGGAGUGUUUGUGGAUUUUUAUAGGGGUCUGGUCUCUUUUUAUGAUGUUGAAGCCAAGUAUCAUAUCUAUUCUUUCACUGGGCAGACCUUUCCUGAAAAGCUCUAUCCAUAUUUCAGUCCUGGAGAAUACGAGGGAGGGCAGAACUCAACCCCUCUGGUCAUUACAUCUGUUAACUAUAUAGAAUAACACAAUUACUAAUUCUACUGGUUAUAAUAAUGUUUUAUUGCCUGUUUUGUUUCUUGUUUCUUGAUAAAGCAUCACAGAUGUUUUAUGCUUAUGUUGUUUAUUUUCAGUUACAACUUUUACAAAAUAAUUUUCAAGUGCUAUUAUUAAGUUUUUGAUUGUGAUAUGUUACUUUUUAUAUGAAGAACCCAAAUGGCAAAUUGCCUUUUAAAUGACAAUAUACACUUUAAACAAUGUACAAAAACUGCAAAGGAAAUUAAAGAAAAUGUAUUAGAUUAGACUAUUAUAAUUGACUAAUUAGAAUAAUUGUAGCGUUCGAGAAUAUGUAAGUGAAACAAAGUGGAAAAAAGGCAAUUGCACAAUUGUAAUACUAUCAUUAAACACAUAAUAUGGAAUGAGUCACAUGAUGCCAUGCGAGGUUCGAAUGUGUGAACGGCGAGCUCUGCGCACUUUGCUAGUUUUUAUGCUUUUUGUGUCAUAAACCGGUGUGAUUCGAUACAUGCUGACGAUACAUCCAUAACUGUUCUAGGAAGACAAUAUGCCAAAGAAUUCAAAAUGUCUCUCUGGUGAUAUUAAAAGACACUUACAUGCUCAAGAUGACCUCCAACAAAUGUUAAAGGCCGAAAUCAAUGUUUAUGGAGACCACCUGGUCCUCUGUGGGCGUGGCUUGGGAGGCACUUAAGGCGGUUCUUAGGGGUUGGAUCAUACAGUAUGCCUCAUUCAUCAAAAAACCUAAAGCACGAGAACUCUUGGAUUUGGAAGGGAAUAUUAAAUGUGGAGAGGCAUACUGUAGCUGAAGUGCCGAAUGUCUUCUGAUGGCCUCAGAGAAUUGACCCGAUUGAAAUACAGAUAUAAUACAAUUUUGUUGCAGAUGGUGAGGUUUUGGCUAUUCAGGGCAAGACAGUCAUACUUUGAGUCGGGGUACAAAGCAGGGAAGCUUUUGGCUUGAUAUAUAAAGCAGAGAGAGUCUUUCUCUACCAUUCCUUCAGUGAAAUCUGCUGGUGGUAAAAUAUUGACCUUGGCCAUUGAUAUUAAUAAUGCUUUUAAAGAAUUCUAUCUUGAUUUCUAUAGUUCCACAUCUUCGUCUACUGAUGAAGAUAUUGGAGCAUUUGUGGAACCAUUAGAACUGCCCAAACUGAGGACUGAUCAAAGAAAUUAUCUUGUUUCUGAGAUAAUCUUGGAGGAACUUCAUGAGGUAAUUAAGGCCAAUAGUCAAGGCUUCGGGUCAGAUGGCUUUGCCGCUGAAUUUUUUAGAUCUUAUGUUACAGAACUGGCUCCACUUUUAUUAGAAGUUUAUACGGAAUUAUUAAAGAAUGGAAAGCUUCCACUAACCAUGAUUAAAAGGAACAAAGGUCCAAGCGAGUGUAAUUCCCCUGUCCAAUUCCCAUGAUCCAGCUAGACAAAAGAUUAUUGUCAAAAAGUCUGGCUAACAUAUUAAGUAAAUUUAUGACAAAGUAGAAUUGGUUUAUAUUUUUAAGUUUUGGAAAUAUACGGGUUUGGGAAUACUUUUAUUGGAUGGAUUAAGUUACUUUAUAGACAACCGGCAGUGGCAGUACAAACAAAUGGAUUAAUUUCAGAUUAUUUUACUAUAGAUAGGGGCACCCAGCAGGUAUGAUUAUUAUAUUUUCUUGUUCGUUUUCUUUUUUGUGUGUGUAUUCUUACAUGUGA